GCCAGUCGUGCGACAAAUGACGAUGGGCAGUACAGCAAUAGCUGUGGAAAUCGUGAACGUAGCCAUUGGUGUUCUGCAAACAUGGCUACCGAUGCUUCUGAGUUGGAGACUCCCGUAUUGAGCGAGGACAACAGCGAAAUGCUUACAGAAAAGACCGAAAGGGAAAAGCAGCAAGAUCCAGAAGCAGUGAAAGAUGAGGCAGGUGAUAGCUGUGUUGAUGCACCGCUGAAAAUGGCGGAAGCGGUUGAGGAGUGCGUGCAAGAUGGAGAAGUAGGGGAUGCGAAACCUGCUGCAGAGGAGGCCGUGGCUGCCCGAGCGGUAGCGGCUGCGGAAGCGGUAGUGGUGGUGACAGUGGCAACAACAGUCGCAGCGGCAACAAGGGACGCGAAUGAUGACGUGGUGGUGGGAUGCCAACUUGCCAAAUCAGAGGAAGAUAGCCUGGGCCCGGAGGAUGAUGUUGAUACCAGUGAUAAUGUUUUUGACGAUACGGUAAAUGAAAUAGAAAUGAAACCAGAAGAGCCGAGAGAAGAGCGCCAGUUGCCUGUUAUAGUGAGUUGCGUGAAAGGCAAAGCCACCAGUGAGGAUGCCCCGGAGUCUGCGGAAGAGAAAACAAACACAGGAGGCGGGGGGCUUGCGGUUGGGGACAAGAGGAGAGCCAGUGUAGAAAUGUCAUCCUCGGACGGAGAGCCACUCAGCCGGAUGGAUUCAGAGGACAGUGUCAGCAGUACCCUAAUGGACAUGGAGAGCACGGUAUCCAGCGGGCGUUCCACCCCAGCCAUGAUGAAUGGACAGGGCAGUGCCGCCCAGUGCCACUCCACUACCAAGGGCCAGGCGGUUGGCUAUACCUGUUGUUGGGACCAGUGUGGCCUCUGCUUCACCUGCAGCCCUGACCUGGCUGAACACAUCAGGGGCAUGCAUGUCGAUGGACAAAGAGGAGGGGUGGGUAGAACCAGGGUGUUUGUGUGUCUGUGGAAGGGCUGUAAGGUGUACAACACCCCUUCCACCAGUCAGAGCUGGCUCCAGAGACACAUGCUGACACACAGCGGAGACAAACCCUUCAAGUGUGUGGUCGGGGGCUGCAAUGCCAGUUUCGCGUCCCAGGGGGGGCUAGCGCGCCAUGUUCCCACCCACUUCAGCCAGCAGAGCUCCUCUAAGCUGUCCAGUCAGGGCAGACUGAAGGAGGAGUCACCCUCUAAGGCUGGGCUUAAUAAGAGAAAGAAACGAAUCCUGAUGAACAAACGCAGGCGCUCCCUACUGUCUCCUCUCCCACCAGCGAGGCCCCAUGACUUCUUCGAUGCCCAAACCAUGGACGCCAUCAGACACCGGGCUAUCUGCCUUAACCUGGCCACACACAUGGAGAGCACAGGCAAUGGACACAGUGUGGUGUUCCACAGCACGGUGAUAGCCAGGAGGAAAGAGGGCUCUGGGAAGGUAAAGGUGCUACUCCACUGGACUCCAGAGGACAUCCUGCCUGAUGUGUGGGUGAACGAGACGGAGCGUUGUCAGCUGAAGACAAAAGUGGUUCACUUAUCCCAGCUACCACAAGACACCGCUAUGCUACUAGACCCCAACAUCUACAGAGCGUUACCACAGAAGCAGCUGAAGCGAAGUCUGUAAGGAGUCUUCUGUGGACAGAGGACUACAGAAGGGAAGAACUCCUGUUCUUAGGAUGUGGGUCUAUAUGGGAGCCUCUACGUCUGUCGUUCCUUGAAAGGAGGAGACUAGCAGAAGGGACCGUGGACAGAGGAGAGAUGUUACAUCCUUUUUCUGGGUAGAGUAGAGAAUGUUUCCUCUUUCCUCUGUAUUUUUAAACCCACCACUGCAUCAGUCUGCAGUGAAAGUGGGUUAACCAUUUAAAAUGGUUCUGUUCUUUAAAAGGUAAUGAAUGUUUUAUAUUAAGUUCUAAACUUGAAAAGAAAAACAUGUAUAAAUGAUUUUAAGUGUACUACUAAAACUAUGGUUUGGUUGUUAUACACAACUGCGUAAAGAAAUAGUUUAAUUGUGUAGAAAGUAACAUACAGCAUUUUUUGUAGACAUUGUUCAUCUUGUAAAUAUUUUUUGCAGAUUUGUUAUUUUUAUACCAUGAAAUACUGUAGUUUAUUGUGAAUUUUUUAUUUUUAAGCAUAAUGUGUAAUUAUUGUUUCAAUGUGAAAGCUCUUUUUGUAACCUAUUAUUGUUGAAAUUAUGUCAAAUUAAAUCAUCAAUCCAUAUA